AUGUCUAAGAACACAGAGAUUAUCAAUCUAUCAUUUCUGUUGGAGCAUGAGAAGGAAAUGAUCCUGGGAGUGUUAAAGAGGGAUGAAUAUUUGAAGAAAGUUGAAGAUAAGAGAAUAAGGCAGCUAAGGAUUGUAACAGGCGAGUGGUUUUUUGAAGAACGGGCAAAACGCUUCAAACAAACCAACAUUCUUGGAACCGAUGUUGUCAGACAGUCCAUUCUAAGAAGGAGUCCAGCCGAAGGACGACAAAACCAAGAGCAAGCCCUCCAGGAUGCUCAGAAGUCAGAAGCUUCAGCUCAUUCAGGGCAGAAACCCAUAUUGGAUGGACCCAAAAGGAAAGGAUUUCUGCUUAGCAAGUUCAGAUCAGCAACUCGAGGGGAAAUCAUAACCCUGAAAACUGAGAGUGGAAGGAGCUACAGCUUAGACUUGAACUCUUCUCAUUUUCAUAAUACAAGGACAUCACCUGGUUCUGACAGGGGAAAUGCCUCACCAGACAUCAGUGAACAGGAGGCUACUCUUGGGAGCCUGAAAAACCAGAGCAAUGGCACCAUGCCUCGGAUGCAGAGGUCACCAGCCCCAAGUACUCGCAGUAUGAGCUCAGCUAGCAGCAGAGAUCAUGGUUUAGAAAAUGUCAUGGCUGUGACUGUCAGUGAAAGUAUCCCUGAAAGCUUAACAAAGAGGCAUCAGAGAAGGGCUUCAGGAACUCCUUCUAUAGCUGUCUCUGGGGUCUCUCUGUCUUCAGACAGAAGUCGGUCUGAGUUAGACCUGAGUGAGUCAUUUUCAGAAGUAGAGGAUACUGUCAGCAUUAGAAGCAAAUCUGUGCCGGGUGCUUUAGACAAGGAUUUGGACUUCUUGGAUGAAACUGAAGAAGAUAUUGAUGAUUUAAUGUCCUCUCGAUUCUCUCCAAAUGUCAACAGCUUAGCAAGUGGAUUAUCAACUAACUCUCAAACAGGCUCUGAUAAGAAAUGGACCUACUUAAAUGUUCCUGAUGUCGAUUCUGAUACUACCAGUCUUAACAGCAUGAUGAGUGUUUAUAGUGAAACAGGGGACUAUGGCAACGUGAAGGUCAGCGGCGAAAUCCUUCUGCACAUCAGCUACUGCUACAAAACUGGCGGGCUCCACAUUUUUGUAAAGAAUUGCAGAAAUCUAGCCAUAGCAGAUGAAAAGAAGCAAAGAACAGAUGCCUAUGUAAAGUCAUAUCUUCUUCCUGAUAAAUCUCGAAACAAUAAACGCAAGACCAAAAUCAAAACAGGCACCAAUCCAGAAUUUAAUGAAAUUUUAAAGUAUACCAUUAGCCACACCCAGCUAGAAACAAGAACACUUCAGCUUUCUGUAUGGCAUUAUGACCGAUUUGGGAGGAACAGUUUCCUUGGAGAGGUGGAAAUUCCUUUUGAUUCAUGGAACUUUGAAAAUCCAAGUGAUGAGUGGUUUGUGCUCCAGCCCAAGGUGGAGUUUGCACCAGAUGUUGGUCUUCAAUACAAAGGAGAGUUGACUGUAGUCUUACGCUACAUUCCCCCUGAAAAUAACCUAACAUUCCCACUAGGACAGCUUCAAGGAAAGAAGACCUUUAAAAAGGGAAAGAAGAAAGAGCCUUCUUUGCCCUCUGGGGGGCUAUUAGAAGUCUUGAUCAAAGAAGCCAAAAAUUUGACAGCAGUGAAGUCAGGAGGCACUUCUGACACUUUUGUGAAAGGGUAUCUACUUCCUGAUACCACCAAAGCCACCAAGCACAAAACCCCUGUUAUCAAGAAGAAUGUUAACCCCCAAUGGAAUCAUACUUUCUUGUUCAAUGGCCUGGAUCCUCAGGAUAUAAAGAAUGUUUGCCUAGAGCUUACAGUCUGGGACAAAGAGGCUCUCUCUAGUAAUAUAUUUCUUGGAGGUGUUCGAUUAAACUCUGGGAGUGGUGUAAGUCAUGGAAAGGAGGUAGACUGGAUGGAUUCUCAAGGUGAAGAACAGCACCUCUGGCAGAAGAUGGCAAACAGUCCUGGGGAUGCAGUCGAAGGGGUAUUGAUGCUGAGAUCUAGUAUGGGAAAACGGAGACCCUAA